AUGGAGCCGGGCCCGGGGCCGCCCGCCGCGAGCGGCGGCGCGCGGCGCGACGACCCGGUCUCCGAGAUCCGCGCGGCGGCGGCGCGGGGGCGCGGCGCGAGCGGCGGAGGCGGCGAGCCGGUCUCCGAGAUCCGUCCCGCGUCGCGCGACGACGACGACGACGACGACGAGUGGGCCGACGACGACGACGACGAGUGGGCCGACGACGACGACGACGAGCUCGAUUACGGCUCGUACGGCGACGACGACAUCUACGGCGGCGGCGGCGACGACGACGACGACAUCGCGCGCGAGCUCGACGGCCCACGCGUCGCGGACGACGACGACGACGACGACGACGACGACGCGUACGACGACCUGUACGACGACCUCGACGACGAAAACUUUGGCCGUCCGCCGCCGGCGCCGCCGAGAGCGAACGACGACGACGAAGACGACGAAGCCGCGAUCGCCGACGAGCUGCGCGACCUCAAACGCCGCCUCGCGACGCUCCCCCCCGACGAGGACGAGGACCGAGUCUACACCGAGGAGAUGAUCGCGGCGUUGGAGAGAGAGGCGCGCGAGAAGGCGGCGAGGAACGCGGCGCGGCGCGCGGCGGAGGCGCGUUCUAUACACUGGUACCUCCCGAGGGACCACCCGGAUUUUUUCGACGCCGAGGCGUUCCUGAAGAACCGCCCGAAGAAGAGCGCGGAGAAGAUCGCCGCGGCCGCGCGCGCGAAGGAGCGCGGGAUGCGCUUCAAGAAACAAGGCGAGGACUUCCGAGAGCAUUGCAGGAAGAACCCGAUCGUGAAGACGCUCGCGGAGGAGUGCAAAGCCAAGGGCGGGCCGAUCAUGGUCAUCGUCAAGGCGUACGAGGAGCGCAGAGUCGUCAUGGUCACGACGAAGCAUAAGCUUGGGAUACGAGGACACGCGUUCGCGUACGUGAAGGCGUUCGAUAAGUACAUGAACAUGCUGUUGCAGGACGUCAGGGAGAUCUACACCGUGCGGUUGAAACACAGGGUGGAGUACGUGGAUAAGAACGGCAAGACGAGGUACAAGAUCAAACACAGGCUCGAGGGACGCGAGCGGACGAUGGAUCAAGUGUUCCUGCGAGGCGAGCAGAUCGUGACCGUCGCGCUGAUGGACUUCGAUCACCCGGACUGCCCGGUGAAGGUGCGUUCUAUACACUGGUUCCCAUACGACCCCGUCGCCGUGGUGAACGCCAUUCCUUAA